AUGUCUGCCACUUCAAGCGAGCCAGAUAUUCUGCUAUCUCGCAGGUUAAUUGUUGAUGAAGGAGCUGAAGUAAUGGCCAAUGUGCCUGAUGAUUCUACCGGAGUUCACGAGGAAGCACGAGACAAGGAGUCUUUGAGGGACAACCCCCCAGUUACUGAGACAUCUACUGCUUCCCACGAGAUGCAAGGACGUCUAUUGCACGCCUCAACAAUUGAUCGUGCCACCAGGGUAUGCUUGCCACCACCCAUCAUUUCCGUUGGUGAUCCUUGUGAUUAUGAGCACAUAUUUCCUGAAGAUCCAAUGUAUCACGAGCUAGAUGAAAAUGCUUGUGUCUGGAGGGUGUAUAUGGAGGAGGCUGCAGAAUUUGAUGCAGACAUGUUUGUCAAAGCUGCAGAUGGCCUAGAUGCCCUUCUUGUAUUUGCUGGUCUUUUCUCUGCUGUGUUGACCACCUUUGUUGUUCAAACAUCUCAAGCACUGUCUACUGACGCAGUCUCUGCAUCCCUCCUCACAGAGCUUGUUGCAAUUCAACGGGCAAUUGCAGGAGGAACAUCAGGCUUGUGA